GUGUGUGUGCAAAUAUCUUCAGUGGUGCAGCUAAUUCUGUUAAAAAGAACGAACCGCAACUGUGCCGGCGACUUCGUUCGUUUUCGCUCGCUGCUCUCCGGCGACGAUGUUGAUCGCGCUCGGCCUGACGCUGUCACUUCUGUCGGUUUUGUUAAUCGUACGUAAAUGGUACCUGCGGCGAUUCCGAUGCAGCAAGAUCAUCCGCCUGGUGGUGCUCGGCGAUGUCGGCAGGAGUCCGAGGAUGCAGUAUCACGCGAUGUCCUUCGCUAAACAAGGCCAUACGGUAGAGAUUGUAGGUUAUCCCGGCUCGCCGCCGUUACAGAAGAUCCGCGAGAACGCUCAGAUAUCGGUGCACCACUUGCGGCCGCCGCCCGAAUUGCAAAACAGUUUGCCGCGUCUUUUGAGCUACACGGUCAAGGUAUUGUGGCAAACUGCCAAUCUCCUGUGGCUUUUGAUUCGCAGACCCAUACCGCACUCCUUGAUAAUGCAGAAUCCACCUGCAAUACCAACGAUGCCAGUAACCUGGUUUUAUUGCGUCCUGAUGGAAGUACAGUUCGUUAUUGACUGGCACAAUUACGCGCAUUCUAUCAUGGCGCUGAGUUUAGGGAAGGAUCAUGCUCUGGUUAGACUGGCGAAAUUCAUCGAGAUGACAUUCGGACGUAGAGCGGGACUCAAUUUUUGCGUCAGCAACGCGAUGCGACUAGAUUUGCUGAACAGAUGGGGUAUUAAGGCAGGUCACUUGCUUGACAGGCCAGGUGAGCAAUUCCGUUCGAUAUCUUUGGCGGAGAAGCACGAGUUUCUGCUAAAAUUAGCCGAGAAGUACGAUGUAUUUAAAGGCCCCAGGAAAGACUCGAGUAUCUUUACCGAGUGUUCGUCGAACGGUGUGCACUUGUCACCCAAGAGGCCCGGCUUCAUCGUGUCCAGUACCAGCUGGACCGAGGAUGAAGAUUUCUCCAUACUGCUGAACGCAUUGCAAGAGUACGAAAACGCGUGCGAGAGCGGCGAGUCGAACUUGCCCGACUUGAUCUGUGUGAUAACGGGUAAAGGGCCGUUGAAAGAUUUUUACAUCGCCAUCAUCGAUCUGAAGAAAUGGCGGCACGUCAAAGUGGUGACGCCGUGGCUGGAGAACGAGGACUAUCCGAAGAUGUUAGCCAGUGCAGACUUAGGCGUGUGCCUUCACAUCUCGUCCAGCGGACUGGAUCUACCGAUGAAGGUGCUCGACAUGUUCGGCUGCGGCUUGCCGGUCUGCGCGUACAACUUCGACUGUUUGUCCGAGCUGGUGGAACACAACGAGAACGGCCUGGUGUUCGAGAACGAGACAGAGUUGGCGCAACAGUUGAAGACCUGGUUCCACGAUUUCCCUAACAACGAGACGCAGCGACAGCUGGAAGAGAAGUUCCGGCAGAACCUAGUAUUGACGCACCAGCUGAUCCCAUCGACGCAAUGCUUGGUUACACUCUCCAUGCGCGAUGGGGAAUUGAACGACCGGCCGAUAAUAGGUAUAUUGACGCAAGAGAUAGACUACCAUUUGAAUCUGACCCACCCCGGCCAGUAUCACAGCUACAUCGCCGCGUCCUAUGUGAAGUUCGUCGAGGGUGCUGGCGCUCGACCUGUUCCAAUCUGGAUCGGGGGUAACGAUUCAUAUUAUGAGGAUGUCCUGAGCAAAGUGAAUGGAGUUCUGUGGCCGGGAGGCUCGACGUAUUUCAAUCAGAGCGACGGAUACGCCGACGCAGGCGCCGCGAUUUACAGGAUCGCGAAGAAAAUCAAUGACAGGGGCGAGUACUUCCCGAUACUCGGUAUUUGCCUCGGCUUCGAGUUGUUGACGUAUGUCGCGGCGAACGGUGUUGAGCACAGGAAUGUCUGUUUCAGUCAAAAUCAGGCGCUCGCGUUGGAAUUCAAACCUGACUUCAACAAAAGCAACCUGUUCCAAUACGCCCCAUCGGAUGUCGUGGAGAUCUUGAAAUUGGAACGCGUCACGGCGAAUUUUCAUAUGUUUUGCGUCACGGAAGAGGGUCUGCGCAGUGUCAACUUGACCGAUGAGUUUCGCGUAAUGUCGCUCAAUCACGACAAAAUGGGCCAGAAAUUCAUCUCGACGUUGGAGCACAAGAACUAUCCGUUCUACGGCAUACAGUUCCAUCCGGAGAAGAACCUCUACGAAUGGAAGACCAGCAAGAAUAUCCCCCACGGAGCCGAUGCUAUCCGGGUGGCUCAGUAUUUCGCCGAUUUCUUUAUUAACGAGGCACGUAGGAAUACGCACAGAUUCAGCUCGCCGCAAGAGGAGGAACAGAGUCUGAUGUACAAUUAUCCUGUCACCUACACAGCCCCACAGGGCUCCGCAUUCCUGCAGUGUUACAUGUUCAAGAAAAACGACCGCUCGUUUCACAGGAACGUUUUGUGAUAUGUAAUAAGCUUGGAGUGAAGUUUUAUUCUUAAGGUAGAAAUAUGUCUCUCUUUCUCACAUACAAAUGUCAUCUUUCUCUCUCUCUCUCUCUCUCCCUCUCCUCGUUCGUGUAUAAUAUAAAAUAAUUUUGUAAGUGCGUCUUUUCCACGCGUCUCGGAUUUUCGCUCUGAUAAUCGUACGUGUGUAUGUGUAUAUAUUACGCGCGCACACGCGAGAUAUCUCGACAUACAAAAUUACUAGCCAGUUAAUCCGUGUGAAUUUUGUACGAAACAAUAAUAAUCGUUAUCAAGCGUUACGACGACGUGGCGGCGGCACUGGGGAACAUACACAACAAACAAAAAGAUAGUACGCGUAAUUUCCACAUUUAACAUAACACCAGUGUAUAUUGUGUCACAACUGGGAUACAUAAUAUUACAAUGGUGCAUAAUAAAAUUCUAUACAUAUUUUGUUCUAUCUAAAGUAAAUCAUAUUUACUCGUAUCUUUCUUUCUUUCGCUCGCUCGCUCUGUCGCUUUCUCUCAAUCUCUCCCUCGUUCCGACGCGUUCCUGCUCCGAACCGAAGCGUCGUCACCGAUCGAUCCCCACACGCCCGUGGUGAAACAUCUUCCCGUUCGACGAGAUCCAAGAUGUGCGCCGCUUACGAAGCACAGCAGUGACAUCACGACGCCGUCUAAGCCCGCAGCGACGCGCGACUCGCCUCGGAGACGGAAAAUGCCCGGAGCCGGAGCUUGCUGUGACGUUCACACUUUUCUCACGUCUUCUCUUUA